GAGAUGGUCAGGAGGGUGGCAAGAGUGGAGGAGACGCUUCACCAUGGAAUAUGAAGUCAAGAAAGGGAAAAAGGGCUUUGUAUCCCCCAUCCGGAGGCUGGUGUUCCCCAAGGCUGGGCGCCGGGCUGCCUUUCGGACCAGUGUGAGUCGCCGGCCCCUGCACUCAAUGCCCCUUUUCCCCCCUGACUACCUCAUCGACCCUCAGAUUCUGCUGUGUGACUAUCUGGAGAAAGAGGUCAAGUUCCUGGGCCACCUCACCUGGGUUACCUCCUCACUGAACCCCUCCAGCCGCGACGAGCUCCUGCAGCUGCUGGACACGGCCAGGCAGUUGAAGGAGCUGCCGCUGAAGACCACAGCGGAGCAGGACAGCAUCCUGAGCCUGUCGGCCCGCUGCCUGCUGCUCACCUGGCGCGACAAUGAGGAGCUCAUCCUGCGUAUCCCCACGCAUGAGAUCGCCGCCGCCUCCUACCUGCAGGACGACGCGCUGCACCUGCUGGUGCUUAAGACCGGUCUGGGCGUGGACCCGGUGCCAGCCGGCGUAGACGCCAGCCCCGGCGGCGCAGGGCGCGACCCGGGCCCGCCGGGCGCGGCGCCCGAGAAGCGGCGGGGGGGCACCACGGAGCGGCGCCACACCAUCUGCAGCCUGGACUGGCGGAUGGCGUGGGGCGGGGGCGCGGGCGCAGAGGCCCGGGCCGGGGGCAGCGGCGGCGGCAGCCUGGAGCGCCAGCGCGCCGGGGCGCGGGCGUCGGGCAGCUGGGAGCGGCGGCAGACGUUCAGCGGCAGCUGGGAGCGGAGGCACACCGGCGGCGGCGGCGGCGGCGCGGGCAAGCCGGGCGGCAGCUGGGAGCGGAGGCAGGCGGGCGGCGGCGGCGGCGGAAGCUGGGAGCGGCGCCACCCGGGCUCCAACCCGCUCGACCCGCAGGACCCCAGCCCCGACGCCUACUGCAAUCUUGUCAUCCUGGCUGUGGCCAACAGGGAUGCUGCCGAGGAGUCCUGUGCUCUCAUCUGUCAGGUCUUCCAGAUCAUCUACGGGGACCAGAGCAUUGAGUGCGUGGACCGGGCCGGCUACCACUACACGUCCACACCCGAGCGGCCGUGGCUCUGCAGCCGCACAAUGGCUCCCAGGAUACAUUUGAAGCGUGUUAUAGUGGCACGUCCACACCCUCCUUCCAUGGCUCCCACUGCAGCGGCAGUGACCACAGCGGCCUGGGCCUCGAGCAGUUGCAAGAUUACAUGGUCACGUUGCGGAGUAAACUGGGGCCCCCUGAGAUCCAGCAGUUUGCGGUGCUGCUGCGGGAGUACCGGCUGGGGCUGCCCAUCCAGGACUACUGCGCAGGUCUGCUGAAGCUCUAUGGAGACCGGCGCAAGUUCCUCCUCCUUGGGAUGCGGCCCUUCAUCCCGGACCAGGACAUCGGCUACUUCGAGGGCUUCCUGGAGGGGGUGGGCAUCCGCGAGGGCGGCAUCCUCACCGACAGCUUCGGGCGCAUCAAGCGCAGCAUGAGCUCCACGUCGGCGUCGGCGGUGCGCAGCUACGACGGCGCGGCCCAGCGGCCCGAGGCGCAGGCCUUCCACCGGCUGCUGGCCGACAUCACGCACGACAUCGAGGCACUGGCCCCCGACGACGAAAGCACGGACGAGGAGGCCCGGGACUCCCCCAGCGGGGGCGACGCGGCUGAGGACAACUACCUGUAGCCGCAGCCCACGCGGACGGUGGGGACACACCUGCACUCCCGCCUGUGGCAUCCCGGGCCCUGGGACCCCCCUCGCACCGGACGCGGGCCUCCACUCCCCGGGGUGUCCGUCCCUGCCCUCGGGGCUCCAGUCCCUGCAAUACCG